AUUGAUACCAAGCGUCACCUAAAAAACACAUCUUUAGAUUCCUGAUGUCUUGAGCUGCGUCUCUCUCGCUGUCGCUUCCUGAGUGCCUCUUUUCUUAGGUUCGUGUUCCGAUCAAGCAUCGAGAGGUAUGUCGUCGAAGGACAAGAAACCGUCGAAGCCGGUCGGAAAGGCCGGUGGUAUCCGUACACUUUCCGAUCUGAACCGAAGGUCUGGGCCCGAUUCCGACAGCGACUCCGACGGACCUCAAGAGUACUACACCGGUGGCGAGAAAAGUGGUAUGCUUGUUCAGGACCCAUCAAAGAAUAAUGAUGUGGAUGAGAUAUUCAAUCAAGCUAGGCAAUUAGGAGCUGUGGAAGGACCACUUGAACAUCCCUCGAGUUCUAGAAGCUUCACCGGGACUGGGAGAUUGCUUUCGGGAGAGACUCUGCCAUCGGCUCCACAGCAGCCCGAUCCUGUUGUUCACAACAUUGUUUUCUGGUCCAAUGGUUUCACCAUUGAUGAUGGCCCUUUGAGGAGGUUGGAUGAUCCAGAGAAUGCUUCUUUUCUAGAGAGUAUUAGAAAGUCUGAAUGCCCGAAAGAGCUUGAACCUGCGGAUAGAAGGACGCCCGUUCAUGUCAAUCUGAUGAGAAGGGAUGAGAAAUGCCCAGAGCGGGAGAAACGCACAGUCCCAUUUCAGGGGGUCGGAAGGACUUUGGGAGGGAGCAGUUCAUCAGCAAAUCCCGAACCAACACCCAUCUCAUCAGACAACAUCGGCCAGACAGCCCCUUCUUCUUCUUCCAGUCUUGUAGUAGAUGACAGCCUUCCAUUAACAUCAAUCCAGCUGAGGUUAGCGGACGGGACACGCUUGGUGGCAAAGUUCAAUCACCGUCACACCGUUAAUGAUAUUCGUGGUUUCAUCGAUGCUUCUCGGCCCGGAAACCCCGGUAACUACCAGCUCCAGAUGAUGGGAUUCCCUCCGAAACCGCUUACUGAUGUUUCUCAGACCAUUGAAGAAGCCGGGCUUGCAAACUCUGUCAUCAUCCAGAAAUUCUAAAAACCUCGAGAAAAAUUCGUUUUCCCGUCUGAUCAGACAACAUUUUAAUGGGACUGUGAUUGUAUCAGAGAGUUCAGACAUAAGUGUUGCUGCUGGUUUUGUAAGAGGGGAGUCUCCAUGAAAACAUCUAUUCUCUGCUUUGCUUUUGAAAUGCUCUUGUGGUGUGUGGAAAGAUUAAAAAUAUUAUAAUGGAUAAUGAUGUUACCUUUGA